UUUUCGACUAAACAAAACACGGCUGCAUCCUGGAUGGCUUUUUUUUCAUCACCAUUUUCCCGAGCAAGUUCGCAAUCUUGAAACCUCCUCAAAAUGACCUUGAAGAAGAAUGGCGGCUCUGACCGACGACCAUAUGAUAUCCGGCGCGUGUCGCUCAUGCAGCCCAACAAGACCCCGAGCCACGAUGCUCUGGCCAGACUCUCUCUGUACGAAGAAGUAAAUCGUCAAUUUGCGCAAGAAUUUCCCCAGACGGCCUGGAAUUUGGGCAACAGUUUUCGCCUGCCAUGGCUUUUCUCGCCCCCUUCAGAACAACAGGAAGAUAUGACUACCGCUUCAGCAGAUAAUGCGACAUCUACAGGUAUUUCAGCAGUUCAUAUGCCGGCCCACGACUUCGAGUUUAUUACUCCCACAGACUACAGCCAUUCCGCCCACAAUGAUGAUGGCGAUUUUGAUGUCCGAUCCGCUACGACGACUCCGACGACGGCACCAAUGGCUUCACCUUCAGAGCUCUCGGACAUGCCAGAUCCAUUUGCCACUCUCAGCGCCGACUUUGACCCGCAAUGGGAUCUCGACACAUUAGAUUCACUACUCUCCUGGAGCAGCUACCAGGCUCAAGAAUCACACGACUGCACACAAGCGAUGCAAAACAAGGGCGAAUGUGAAGCAAACGAACAAGAACAGUUGGAGGGGUCAGGUCUGAUGGUUCCCCCACCCCUCUUCGAGCGCCCUGCAGAGCACAACAUGAUGCUACCUCGAGAAAGAGAGUCUCGAGGCUCCGAAGACCACGUUAUAGCUGAAGAAUCUUGUGUAAAUAGAAAGAGCAUGAAUCAGAUUAUGUUUAAUUUGAAUCAGUUGGGAAGCCGGCUACGCGACGAUGCCCGAAGGCAGCUGGAUGCGAUAAGCAAUGGCUGUGAUGCUUGUCCUUUGAGCUUUGGAGAAGGCUGA